AGACAUUUACUCAACGAAACGAAAAUUAAAAUCGGAUUAAAUUCAAUCAUAAGCUUUGGGUUCUUACUUACCGGUAGUUCUAUCUUUCUGAUUAGCAUACAAAUGGUAUCAAUUUUGGAAAUUCAAUUCGAAAUGAUAUCGCUGAAAACUCAUCUAAUUCACUAAGCAUCUCAGAAAGACCACCAAGACAAUUUGAAGACCAGUAAAAUUUUCAACCAGCUCGCCAAAGACAGUUAAAUAUCCUCACAAGACCUACAUAAUGACCAUUACCUCCUACUGAGCAAUAAUCAGUAUCAUUUAGACCAUAUCCGUCCAGUCACUGCCGAGUGAACCAAUGAAGCUGAACCUGAACCUAGUGUUAUGUAUAAUAUGCCAAAUAUGGUCAAUCAAAGUCCAACAAGGUACCGGGUACGAAUUCGACCCAAUUGAUUACAUGAGUGAUUUCAAAACGUUGACAAAACUUCCUAAUUUCGUGGAUAAAACCGAUCUGCUCCCUUUGCUUAUAACAAACGCGACCAAUCACACUUUCCAUAUAUUCACAGCUCCUCGCAAAUUCGGUAAAUCCACCAUAAUCGAUAUGAUCCGUCGUUUCGUCGAAUUACCCAUCAACUCGACAACCGGUGAAAUAAUAAAUAAAACGAGAACCACUAAUUACAAUAUGUUCACGGACACUCAGCUCAACCUGAGCAUUUCUCGAAAUAGCGAAUUCAUUCAACAGCAUAUGGGCGAAUACCCCGUGUUGCUGGUGAACUUCACCGACGUCAAAGGCGAUACUUUGGAGGAUCAAAUGCGCUACUUCAAAGCAGCUCUGCAGAAGACGGCGAGAAAAUACGCGUGGUUGUAUUGGACGUAUAUGAAGAACCCUAUUGAAAAGACCAACGAUACGGACGAGGUCGUUAAGAAGUUACGAUUAGAAGGUAUGGGUCGAUUGAUCACGGGAGAAGCGAGCGAUGCCGAGUUGGUCGAUGGUCUGCAGGAUAUAUCGAGAUCGAUAUUCGAUUAUUAUGGUAAAGAACCAUUCGUCUUGAUCGAUUCGUUCGAUACACCGAUGCAGCAAGCUAGUCGUCGAAAUAUCUACGAGGUCGAGAACGUAACCAGGUUCGUGAACGAUUUGCUCUUCAUGGGGAUGCGAUUCGGUCCGUUCAUAACGCAUCACAUGGUUGCAACCGGAAUAUCCGGAUCGUUUGCCAAAAUAGCUGCUCAAGAGACACUCAUGCAGACGCCUAGAUUCCUCGAACAGUCUCCAUUUUUGCCUUACUUCGGAUUAACCUCCAGCGAAGUCGACAAAUUACUAAGUGAGAAAAAUAUCCAAGAAGAGGAACGUCUGCAAAUCGAUCUCCAUUACAACGGAUACGUUAGCAAAUAUAGCCCUGAAGAUCCAAAUGCUGAAAAAAUCUCCAACCAAAAUAGCACAGAAGCUCCAAAUGCUGAAGAAAUCGACAACAAAAAUAUCACAGAAGCUCCGAAUGCUGAAAAAAUCUACAACAUUUUCUCAGUACUGAAAUAUCUACGAGAACGAGCCAAAACUGGUAAACCAAACUACCUAAAUUACUGGCAACGGACCGAUACCAUGAAGGGAUUAAAUUUCUACUUGAGUGCUCCGGCUAUUCGAGGCAUGCUCUACAGCCUGAUUUUACGUAAAAGUCUGACUCUCCAGAGCAACUUGUUCACAUACGCAGAAUUAGAACAACUGAAAGAAUUUAAGAACAACGAGAACCCCUUUCAAACGGAUCAAGGCUUGUUGUAUUUCAUCUAUUUCAUAGAACACGGCUAUCUGGCUCGAAAAGACGUGCAAAAUGAUCGAAACAGAUACCACAUCGUCAAUUUGGACGCUGAAUUUGAAAUAAUCGAAAUCAUCAACUCGUUCUACCAAACAAAUAACCUGCAACUGAAUCCAAUUGCCGAGCAUUUCGUUAAAUUACUAGAACAAGGAACGUAUCCGGCCAAUUUACUCGAACAAUUGAAAGCAGAUGUGAAAAAAAUCGUCGAAAAAUCACCGGAUGCGAAUCGAUUGAGCUUUCAAUGUUUGCUAUUUUGUGCGGCCAGACUUCGUUAUCCUUUGACCACCACUCGAUUGUUGAACGUGAAUGAAUUAGCAACCUAUACCAAUGUAACCGAAACCAAAACCGUUGACAUUAUUGUUCAAAACGAUCAGCGAGAUGUUUUACAUUUGUAUUGCGUUAAAAAUAGGCAAAUUCUCGAUGCGAUUUUGAUAGAAGCUAAACAAGCCUAUCCUCAAGAUUAUGAAACUGUUCAAGGUAGACAAAACAAAGUAUUGGGUAUUUAUUUAGGAGAACAUAAUAGUAUCGAUUUUGAGAUUGUUGGGUAAAAUGUACCCAAGUGAAGGUAUUAUAAUUAUUAGUACCUAUUCCCCGCAGGUGAAUUUCUCCAGAACAUAGGGUAGGUGAGAGAGCAGGGUGUCUAACAAAACUCCCAGCCAAAAAUCAUGACUAUUUCGUGGCCUAUUUUUCACACAUUUUUACCGUAUAAACCCCCCCCCCCCCCACAAAAAAAUUACAUAACUUGAAACUAUCUUGAGACUUCGAGGAAUUUUUUAAAAACUUGCAAGCAAAGUAGGCAUUUCAGUUUUUUCAUUUUUCUGAUUUUUUGAACAAAUAUUUAAUUUUUUACAAUUUAAUUUCUAUUUUAUGAGUUUUUAAACAAAUUUUCAAGUGUAUUUCAAGCAAAAUUCAUUACUUCCAUGACCGUGAGACACCAUGGAGAGAAAAAAAAUACCUUCCUGUUGAAAUUAUUGGGGGGGGGAUGUACAUACAUACGAGUAUAUCUAUACAAAAAUCGAAGAAUGCAGAGAAAAAACAUCAUACGACGAAAAUAGGUAUCUUAUCAAAGAAGCAUUACAACAGACUACACGACCUAUUAACCUACAAGCAACAUCCGGGAGCUUUCAAAAUCCAAAAUAGUAUGUAAAUUCAUGAUUUAAAAAAAAACACUCACGAGGCAGACUUUUCUUCAAAUACAAAUCUUUCACGAACAAAUUGAGUCGCUUUUUUUGGUGAAUUAUUCGCAAACGGAUCAAUUAAUUUACGAUUGAUUCGGUUUUCGUGAAACUAUUAUACAGGAAUUGAUCUGUUUUCAAGUGAAGUGAAUCGAAUCAAAUCAUUCAUAAUCGAUUUGCGAUUAAACAAAUAGCCUGAUUUCUAGGUGAAUCACUCGCGAACGAAUUGAAUUUUUUAGUGAAUCAUUCACGAACGAAUCAAAUAAUUUUUGGUGAAUCAUUCGCGAACAAAUUGAUUCGUAUAUGCGACUCGUUCACGAACGAAUCGAUUCAUUUACUUGAUUUUAGGUGUAUCAUUCAUGAACGAAUUGGAUCAUUUUUGGUGAAUCAUUCGCGAAUGAAUUGAUUCAUAAAUUGAAGGAUUGAUCAAUUCGUUCGCGAAUAGUACCUUCAAAAAACAGAUCCACUUGUUAAUAAACGAUUCGUUAGGAAUGGCGGAAGCUUUGUGAGAUUUCAAGUUUUGUCGAAAUCGGUUCAGCCGUUUUCUAGGAAGGUACCUAACGAGUUAAAAAAAAUAAAAUAAAAAAAUUGGUCACUCGAUAAACUUGGAAUCUUUGAGCUUUUGGAACAAACUAUUCAUUACUGGUAUCGUCCCUAUUAUUCAUAAUUUUAAAAACGUUUGAAAAUUUGAAGAAAAAAAAUCAAAAUUUCAACAAAUUGACCAGAAACGUUGAAAUUUAGGAUACGUCUCAUUUUCAACCCGUGAAAUCGGUUGGAAACGGGUUCGAAUGGUUUUUAGCAGCUGUGCAACCUGCAGCAGAUUUUCAAAACUUGAAAUUUCCACAAAAUGUAUCUAAAAUGAGGCUCUCUUUGCAAACUCCAGUUUUCCAAAGAACUCGAUAAAAUCUGUACAAAUCACUUUUAGCAAGCGUAUGCUAUACGGAUCGCUGCUCGUUAGUGACCCAUAUCCGACUGAACACACGCCAUUUUUCGAAAAUCGGAGUGUUCCAGUUCUGCACCAUAUUUUUGUAGAGUGAUUUCAUAAUUGAAAAUUUCAAAAAUUCACUGUAACACUAACUCGACAAAAAUAUAGUUACGAACUGGAACGCACCGACUUUGGAAAAAUUGCAGUAAGUAAUCGAAUAAUGAAUAAUCGGUCAACUAUGUCCCUAACAAGCAGCAAUCUGGAGCAGACAUGCCUGAAUUCAUUUGGAAAAAUGUUAUUGACUCAGCAAGAUGAAAUUUUAAGAGCAGAGAAAAUUUUGACUUUUUAACUUCAUUCAGUGAAAUUCUGUUGCAAUUUCAAGUUUCAAAAAUCUGCUGGAGGCUCUAGAACUGCUGAAAAAAGUUUAUAACCAUUUCCAAUCGAUUUGGCGAGUCAAAAACAGAGAAUAUCCCAAAUUUCAGCUUUCUGGGUCAAUUUGGUGAGAUUUUGAUUUAUUCUCGUUUUUGACCCAAUUUGAUUUUCAAAAAUUUAUCAAAAAACGUAGGGCUACCUUAGUGCUUAAAAUUUUGGUGAUGAUAUAUCUUUGCAUUAUCUUUUGAACUGGCUUCGAUAGUAAAAACACAUUUCUCUUACCUAUUUUCAAAGACAAGCAAUAAUUCCAAAAAAACUGUUCUUACAUCAAAGAUCUGAAAUGCAUGCUAUUAUUUUUUGCUUCGCUGUAAUGUAUUUCGAACCAGGCGGGGGGCGGGGAUUUAUAAGGGAAACAUAGACAGAAACACCACAUACAAUAAAAAUGUUCAUAAGUAUAUAAGUACGAGUAUAAGAAACGGAAUGGAAAGUGUUAAGAAUUUGACACAAAAAUAUCAAAAUCAUAGCUCGCAGCAUCAUCCAAUGCAUCAUCCACGAGAUAAUGACGACAACUACGAAAUCUGCAAGGUAUAAUAAUACUUAAUAUGAUAAAUGAAAAUGCAAAUCUGCCGUUAGAAUAUUAUACACGGUCGAAAAGGUUUAAUUAGGGAGAGUGUUCCUGUCAGAUGUAAUUCAAUCGACGUUGAAUAGAAGGAUUAUUCGGAUCUCUUUUGUAAGACGAUGACAACAGAAUCAUCACCGCGUUAUCGUGCUUUUAUUAGUGUAUUGUAUGGUACAUAUUCCCCUAAUUUUUCUCUUCCCCUCGAUUCGUUUUUUCUUUUUAGCCAUUCGGAUUUGAUAAAUAUAUUUUUUUUUUGGA